AUGCAUAGAUCUGGUACUACAAUGGCAUGGAACGUAUUCAAAUUCUGUACAGCUUUACGAGGUCUUGGAUCCAUCAUGAUCCUUUUGGUUCUUGGUGUUGUCGGUGUUAUAUAUUACGCAGUUGUUUUGACUAAUUAUGGACUAGCUCUAUCUCAAGGCGGGUUUGAUUCUAUUACUGCUCUUACCAUCUUAAUCCUCUUCCAUUUACUCGUAACCGGGAUGCUUUUGCGGAGCUACUUCUCUGUUGUUUUUACUGAUCCUGGUGUUGUGCCUCUUAAUUGGAGACCAAGUACUGAUGAAGAAAGAGGUGAAUCUGAUCCAUUAAAUAGUUUGGAGUUUGUCGGUUUACAGAUCGAUUCUUCGAACCCGAGAAUUCGGUUUUGUAGAAAAUGUAAUCAACCGAAACCUUCCCGUUGUCAUCAUUGUUCUGUUUGUGGUCGGUGUGUGUUGAAAAUGGAUCACCAUUGCGUUUGGGUUGUGAAUUGUGUUGGAGCGUUGAAUUAUAAGUAUUUUUUUCUUUUCUUGUUCUACACGUUUUUAGAGACGACUCUUGUGACUCUAGUUCUUAUGCCGCACUUCAUAGCGUUCUUUAGUGACGAAGAAAUGCCUGGAACCCCGGGCACUCUUGCUACUACUUUUCUUGCAUUUGUUUUGAACUUGGCGUUUGCUUUGAGCGUAAUGGGUUUCUUAAUCAUGCACAUUUCGUUGGUGGCUGGUAAUACCACAACGAUAGAGGUAUAUGAGAAGAAAACCAGUACGAAAUGGCGGUAUGACCUCGGUAGAAAGAAAAACUUUGAACAGGUAUUUGGAAUGAAUAAGAGAUACUGGUUCAUCCCAGGAUACACUGAAGAAGAUCUAAGGUGA